GGAUAAAAAGGUGUUUGUCGCCGCGGAGGAGCCACAAUCUGAGCCGGAACGAGGAGGAUUAUUAUCGCAGUCGUGUGGCCCCCCCUUCCCCUUCAACAUGCUGCCGCGCGUCAGGACCAUGCACACCAGCUCCAAGCUGCCGAGCGGCGCGCUCCUCUGCGCGCUGCUGCUGCUGCUCUCCCGCGGCGCCGCCGCCGGAACCGACCAGACGGACGCCGAGUCCGAGGAGGCGCUGAGCCCCAGAGCGCUGCGGGACUUCUACCCCAAAGGUCCGAACCUGACCAGCGAGAAGCAGCUGCUUGGAGCUCUCCACGAAGUUCUGGAGAAGCUGCAGGCGAAACGUCUGCCGCUGUGGGAGAAGAAAUUCGGCCAAGUCCCAACGUGUGACGUCGGGGAGCAGUGCGCGGUGAGGAAAGGCGCGCGCAUCGGGAAGAUGUGCGACUGUCCCCGCGGAGCGUUCUGCAACUUCUUCCUGCUCAAGUGCCUUUGAGCCUCGGACCUGGACGUGGCGUCGACACGUGGGGAAGAAAGAAAGAAAGAAAAGAAAGAAAAGAAAGAAAAGAAAGAAAAGUGUCACUCGAUUCCUUUGUAAAAUUACAUUUUCUUAAAAAGAGAAGAAGAAAAGAUGCUGCUGAAGCUGAGCUGGUGUGGUGAGUGAUGGCCCCACCCUUUAUGGUAAUAAUGAUAAUAUAUAUUUAAAAAGUGGUAUUAUAUCACAGGAAGGAAAAACCUAUACGUUUGUAAGGAUGUUGUGAUGGGACAUGAAUCAUAGAGUUACUGUAAAUUAUUCAGAAGCACUGUUUGUCUGUAUAGGAUCAUUGUUGUGAAAAGAAAAAACAUUACCCACAAUGCACAGUGAACUCACCUGAGCACCACCAAACACACUGUAAAGUCUGAAACAGCAAUAUUAAUAUUAUUUUGGAUCUGGGGAAGAAAAAAAAGCUGUCAUCUGAACUGGAACUAUAUUUUUUUGUUUCACAUGAAUGAUUAUUUUUUGUGUAUGACUCAUGACAACAACAACAACAACAACAACAAUAAUAAACUGUGGAUCAUCUUGUUUUGUAAA